AUGACGACACUUAAGGCAUUGGAUUGGGUAAAAAAAGUAGUUUUUGAUAAUUAUACGUUUGCCAAACGAACUUAUGAGGAUAUAAAGGAUAUUAUUGAUUCUUAUCCGUCAGUGGAUGUUUGGAUUGAAGAAAGACAAUCUGAAAAACGAGAGAAAAAAUGUAUUCUUUGUAUUAAGGUUGUUUUGCAGGUUGUUUCAUUUGAAAAAACAUAUGAUAUUCCUGUUGUUUUAUGGGUCCCGUUAUUAUAUCCACGAGAGGCACCUAUUGUUUCACUUGUUAUAGAAGAAGGGUUUGUUAUUAAGCAGGGCAAUUAUGUUCAUUCUGAUGGUCGUUGUUAUCAUCCAUGUAUAGAAUUUUGGGAUGAAUAUUCAUGUGAAUCUACAUUAAUUCGACUUUUUGUUUCUCUGAAAAAAGCAUUUUCAAAAGACGUUCCAAUUGUUUUUUUACAAUCUGGUUGUAUUUUUAAAUCAUCAUGUUCUACAUCUUCAAAAGACUUAUCGAAUGAUUAUGAUUUAUCUGCAAUAUCUAAAUCUCAAACCUCUCUGGAACAAUCAUCGCCUCCUCCUUUACCUGACAAACCUCCAAGUUUUUUAAUUAAAACGCCUUUUUCGCUUCAAAAGAACAAUUUGAUUGAACUUCCUCAAAAAAAAUCUGUUAAUAUACUUGAUUCUGCUUGUAUUGAUGCAGGGGUUCCAAGUAUGUCUUCAUCAAACUUUGAUUUAGUAAAAAAACCAUUGAAUCCUAUUGUUGAGCAACUUAUUAAACAAAUAGCUAUCACGUUACAAGAAAAUGCUCAAACGUCUCAGAAAACAAUAGCUCAAUUGCUUUUUCAAGUAAAAAAUGACAGAGAAAAGAUACUUCGUUCUCAAGCUCAAAUUGAGAGGGAAAAAACAGAAAUUACUCAUAUAAAAGAACAAUGCCAAAAAAACAUAGAUAUUUUAAAAGAAAAAAUUGAGUCUUCUAAACUUCUAAUUGAAAAAUGCAAAAAUAUGCAAGAGCCAUCAAUAGAUGAUAUAGUUAUUCCAGGAAAUGCUCUUUCCGAACAAUUUUAUGAUUUGAUCUCUGAUGAAAAAUCAAUAGAAGAUACAAUUCAUGUUCUUGUAAAAAUGCUAGAAAAGGAAAGAAUAGAUUUCGAUACUUUUCUUAAAUAUACUCGAAAUCUUGCACGAGAACAGUUUAUGAAAAAGGCUUUGAUUAGGAAAAUUAAAAAACUGGAAAGUUCCUCAUAAUUAUCGACCUUUAAUCCCCUAAGCUCUUUUAUGUUUAUACUUAUUUUUUACUAAUUAUAAAAUUCUGCAACAAACUUUUUUUGGUUUUUAUAUUUCAUUUUUAAAAACCAUGCUAUAUUCAUCAAUC